CGCGCCACUCCAUCGACUCCCGCAAGCCGAAGAGAGCAGCGCUAUUGUGCAGGACAGAAGGAAUUCAUGCCUGCGCAUCGAAGGUCAGGCCAUGGAAAUUACACUCAAAGGUUUUCCUCUGAAGGUGGUGAAUAUCCCAUGGAGGAAUAAUAACCUCAGUACUCUGCAUACAGACCCUCCUCUGUCUGAACAAGGGGAAACCAUCAUUGGAGUCUACCUUUUAGUUUUGGGAUGGCUGUCCUGGUUUGGAAACAGUCUAGUGAUGUUUGUCCUGUACAGGCAGCGGGCGUCACUUCAGCCGACAGACUUCCUCACUUUGAAUCUCGCCAUUUCCGAUGCCAGCAUCUCUGUGUUCGGCUACUCCAGAGGAAUCCUGGAAAUAUUCAAUAUCUUCAAGGAUGACGGGUAUCUGAUCACCUGGAUCUGGACCUGCCAGGUAGACGGCUUCUUCACAUUGCUCUUUGGCCUUGCGAGCAUCAACACCUUAACGGUUAUCAGCGUCACCAGAUACAUCAAGGGAUGCCACCCCGGCAAAGCUCAGUGCAUCAGCAACAACACAAUCGCCGUAUCGCUGAUCUGCAUCUGGACAGGAGCCAUGUUUUGGUCCGUUGCUCCGCUGCUGGGCUGGGGCAGCUACACAGAUCGAGGCUACGGCACCUGCGAGGUGGACUGGUCCAAAGCGAAUUACUCCACCAUUUACAAGUCCUACAUCAUCUCCAUCCUCAUCUUCUGCUUCUUCAUCCCGGUGAUGAUCAUGCUCUUCUCCUACAUCUCCAUAAUCAACACGGUGAAAAACACCAACGCCAUGUCAGCUGACGGUUUCCUCACCUCUCGUCAGAGGAAAGUGGAGCGAGACGUCACCCGAAUUUCCAUUGUAAUCUGCACCGCUUUCAUCCUGGCCUGGUCGCCAUAUGCAGUGGUGUCAAUGUGGUCGGCCUGGGGCUUCCACGUGCCGAGCACCACCAGCAUCAUCACGCGCCUCUUCGCCAAGUCCGCCAGCUUCUACAACCCGCUCAUCUACUUCGGCAUGAGCUCCAAGUUCCGCAAGGACGUCUCUGUGCUGCUGCCGUGCACGAGGGAGCGCAAGGAGGUGGUGCGUCUGCAGCACUUCAAAACCAUCAAACCCAAGGCUGAGGACCUGGAGCCGCCCGCCUCGCUGCCCAUCCAGAAGCCAGAGGGGAAAUACGCGGCAGGAGGGCCGCACCAGUCCCAUCCCGACAGCGACUCGGGGGUCAACAGUCUCCCUGAGACUCCUCCAGCCGGAACGCAGCAGGUCUUCCACAUCGACGUGCCCUCGCACAUCGAAACGUCAGAGUACUGGUGUGACAGACUCUGAAGACUGUUUCCAUGUCACUCAAACCCAUACUUGAACUACAAGGCGAGAUUGAGAGGUUUUUUUUUUUUUUUUUCAUUUUACUGUGC